UAAACCCUUAUAUGUUUGGGAUGCGUUAGUGAGCCACAGUGUAAAAUUUAUCAUUUUAAAGCCAGAGUUAUUAGCGCGUAAUGUGGCGCCACGCGUCAUUGUAAUGCACGUUGCGUUUGCCACGCCCUCAGAUUCGCAAUUUGAAAAAACGAACUUUCCAAACUACCUCUAUAUAUCUCGGCGACAAGUAACGAUCUCUCUCUCGCCGCCAUUGCCAUGAACAUCCUUCCGACAUCGCGUUUGCUUCGCCCUCAGAUCGCAGUGGUGAAAUAACGCCGUCCUCUCCGCACACAGAACGAACUCGGGACUUCCGAACCGCCGUCAUGAACAUCCUUCCGAAGAAGCGCUGGCACGUCCGCACGAAGGAGAACAUCGCCCGCGUGCGGCGGGAUGAGCAGCAAGCGCGCGAGGAGGAGGACGAGCGACAGCGGAGGAGGGACCUCGCCGAACAGGAGGCGCGCACCGACACGCUCCGUCUCCGUGCGAGGAAGCGUCUCCGCGACGACGGCGACUCCGACUCCAAUGACGAAAGCGCGGGUAAGCGACGCCGCGUCGACACGCCACGCGGAACCGAUGAUGACACCGCCGCCGUCGUUGGGAGGGAGGCUCCCUUGCCACGGGAACAUGUGAACCUGUUUGCGGACCUUCAGGCGGGCGACAAGCGGACGGGGACGAACCGGGAGUACGAGGAGGAGAAGCGGGCCGAGCAGGAGAAGUACGAGAAGCAGAUCGGGCUGCUGACCUACCUUGGGGAGAGCGCGCGCGAGCCACCGCCGUGGUAUGCCCGCUCGUUGCCGUGUGAGCCGACCUCGCGCGACGACCCCGACGCCGCCGCGGACGUCGCGAAAAAGUCUCGCAUGGACCCGAUCAUCGUCAUGAACAAACAUCAGCGCGCAAAAUCGACCGGAGCGAAGCCGGAAGCGUUUCGCGCGCUGACGAGCGGCGGCCGACGGGAAGGUGACCGCGAGGGGUUCGGACAGCGGCAGGUGCGCAUUUCAUCACCACCGGCACCAGGCGGCGGCCGGCGGGAACGUAGCCUCGACGGGAGCAGAGCGACACCUCAGAAGAAGAGCCAGCGCAAACACAAGCACAAGCACAAGCACAGGAGAAGACGCAAUAGUGAUAGUAAUAGCAAUAGUGGUAGCAGUAGCGAUAGUAAACGCAAGGACAAGCACAGAAGAAAACGCAAUAGCAGUAGCGGUAGCGAUAGCGACGAGAAAAAUGGCAGAAUCACAACGAAUAAAUCGACAUCGGAUAUCAAGACCGUGGUGCAGCUACGUGCGGAGCGCCUGCGACGGGAGAAGGAGGAGCGCGCGAGGACGGAGAGGCUGCUGGCGAGAGUACGGGGGGAGAAACUACCGGAGGAGAAGGCAGCGGAAGCCGUGGAGAAGGAGUCGUGGCGAUACAACUCGCAGUUCAAUCCCGACUUUGUGCGCAGGCCGAAACCCCGCCAUAGCAUUUAAACCUAAUACGUGUGACGAAACGGUGAAUACGAUGUACUACGUCCCGUAUGUGUUUCCGUUUUAAUAAUCUUCGAAAAGUAAAAGGAAGGUAAUUGUAUGUCUUGCGCACUGGUGCAGGUAGGUACAUAGUUCGAAAAUAUGUAAAUGCUUGUUGGAAAUGAAUUGGUUUUACAUGGAAUUCUAAUGCAUUUUUUAUGUAUGUAUAUAAUAUCAGGAGUAAGAUAAUAUAGAGGAGUAUGACUCUCCAAAACAUGUGAAUUUCAA